AAAAAGGCUGCAUCCUGGCUGUGUGCGUGAAUAGGAUACAAAAAGAUAACAAUAGCUUCGUUCGUCAUCCCACCCCCCUCGUCUGGAAAUGAAGUAUCCGACGACGCGUUGCAGAUGGCGCCCAUUCGCGAUUGAAAACUUGAAGAAAAAAAAGGCCUUAUCCUUAAUCGAAGUGAAACGGUGUCGGUGUAAUGUCAAAAAUGACGCUGUCGAAGGGGAACAUUUGCCGUUGGCAAUUGCCUGGACAGAGUGAUGGAAAAUUGGAAAGAAGGAAGAAGCGCGUCAAGAGCCGUGGCUGGUGUUGUAGGAGUAGCGUCAUGCGCGCCAAAUGCACUCGCUAGAGCUCGUUGUGGAACGGGAGCGACGUGCACCAGCAGACAAGGAGCGAGUGAGAGAGAGAGAGAGAAUUGGGUGUAGGUGGCGAAUGCAGUCGGCAGUCUUCUGGUCCCCUCCAGUCCCGCACCAGCUCGACCUGCGUUCGAUACGAGCAUCUAAAAAGCUUCGACCAUCAUCCCUUCGCUUCGCCAUAGAAAACCGGAGGGAGUAAAGGCAAUUGGCGGCCGUUAGCUCUAGACUCCUUACAACCAUCAAUAACUCAAUUAGGUGCAUUUGUAUACUUCUUGUUAGUUUGUUGUAUGGUAAAUUUCGAAUCCCGACUGGUUGCAGAAAAAAAAAAAAAGAAUUGUUCAAGGGGACGACAAGCCAAGGGAAGAAAAGCCGCCGGGAGAAGCGGACUAGUCUCAUCAUUUUUGAAGAAUUAUUUGUUAGAGGCUAUAGACGUCAACUGACAUGGCCGAAGGAUUCAUUUGCUCGCGAUUUCGUCGGCCAACCGAAUCAUGUCCUGUUGUCGAGCAACAACAACAGCCGGGGACGACGCGAUGUGGUCAACAAACACCAAACAAUCGGCAACCGUCGCAAGAUUACGAACUGUCUCGUCCACAGGAGACUGGAUCAGAAAAAAGGACUCUCAACAUCCGGCUGCUCAGUGAAGCCAUCAGCUCCCUCGUCCUCUUACCGGAAAAUUGUCUGCGACGGGCCGUCCAUCAGUGGGAUCGGCUGAAUCCUCACCACGACGAUGGCAGCGGCAACGAAAGCAGCGCCACGGCUGGACAAAUCCACUUUGACGAUGCCAGGUUGGCGGCCGAGAUGACGGACAAGUCGAUCGCUGAACCAGAUUCGCUCUUCCUGCACAGCUGCUGGAAUGCCACCAAUCAUUUGCCAGAAAUUGAGCGGAGGCAGUUUUUGGAGCGUAUGGGUGAAGCCUUCCUUUUGGCCGUGCUGGAAGAGUACUGUGGCGCCCUGCAGUCCCUGGGCAGCGACCUUUUUGGCUUCCUGCAGAAUUUGGGCAGCGUUUACCAAGAGAUGAAGACGACGACUAGCAACCGAACGAAUCACAGCAACGACGAAGGCAACAUCAUCAUCUCCAACCACUACGACAUUUCCUUCAGUUGCGUCCCGGAGCAAGGCCGACUGACGCUGCACUUUCGCACGGCCGUGGCCGCUUGCGGUUACCUCUGGGCCGGGAUUCUCAAAGGUAUCGCGACGCACUUGUUUCACGUCGGCGUCACCAUCCGCGUCACCAUUUACGAACUCAAAUCAAAGUCGGCUCUUCGCUACCAUUUCUGUUUCUCGAUGCCGAUCGUCGACGAAGACGAGGCGUUGGCCAGUUCGGCCGCCAUCGCCGAAGAUGAAGAGCAACUUCUCCUCUCCAAGACGCGAUCGUUGGUUUGUUUUGACGACCCGUCCGCCAUGGCCUCGUCGGUGACGGACGACCAGCCGACCCGCACCUUCCAACGGGCUCCUCACUUGGCGGACAUGAAGCAACGCGAUUCGUUGAAUCUGCGCUCGUUUGAGUCGACGACGACGUCCGUCUCGACGUCGACGUGCAUGAGCCAAAAUUACAUUGGGACGUCGACGUUCUGCAAGGCCUUCCCCUGGCACUUUAUGGUGGAUCGCAACAUGCAGCUGGUCCAGCUAGGCGUCGGCUUCAUGCGUCUCUUUGGCCCUGAAAUGAAAAAGAUGGGCCGACAUUUGGCCACUUAUUUCCAGUUGAAGAAACCGACGGUCGAGCCCAACUUUGACAAGAUCCUUAAAAAGGCCAACAGCCCGUUUGUGCUGGCCGUCUGCCACGUGACAAAAGACAGCCGCAAAACCAAACUUGAGGGUCUCGAGUUCAAAGGACAAAUGCUUUAUUGUCACGAGUCGGAUUGUCUCCUAUUUCUGGCAUCGCCACUGGUCGACGGCCUGGAGGCUCUGACGAGUCGAGGUCUCUUCAUUUCGGACAUUCCCAUCCACGACGCCACCAGAGAUAUCGUCCUCGUCGGAGAGCAAGCGCGCGCCCAGGACGGACUGAAACGUCGGUUGGACAAGUUGAAAAAGAACAUUGAAGAAGCCACUGCGGCCGUUGAACAGGAGCGCGAGAAGAACGUCUCCCUUCUCCAUCUCAUCUUCCCGCCCGAUAUCGCCAAGAGGCUUUGGUUGGGCGAAUCGAUCGAAGCACAGAGCCACGAUAAUGUGACGAUGCUUUUUAGCGACUUGGUCGGAUUCACCGCCAUUUGCGCCACUGCCACUCCAAUGGAAAUCAUCAGCCUCCUCCAGUCGCUCUACACUCAAUUCGACGUUCUCUGCGGCGAUCUCGACAUUUACAAGGUGGAGACUAUAGGAGACGCUUACUGCGCCGCCGGCGGUCUGCAUCGCGUCAGUUCCACUCACGCACAACAAAUCGCUUGGAUGGCACUUUGCAUGCUGGAAGCUUGCCGUUUCCACCAGACUCACGACGGACAGCCCAUUCAGAUGCGCAUCGGACUGCACACGGGAACAGUUUUGGCUGGCGUCGUCGGACGGAAGAUGCCAAGGUAUUGCCUCUUUGGCAACAACGUCACCCUGGCCAACAAGUUUGAAUCGACUAGCGUCCCGUUCCGUACCAACAUCAGUCCGUCUACAUACCAACUGAUCAAAGAAACGCCCGUCUUUGAAACGGAAGCGAGGCCACGCGACUGUCUUCCCAAGAAUUUCCCAGCCGAUGUCGAAGGCACUUGCCACUUUCUCAACGGAUACCGCCAUCCGGAUUAUCAGCCGCCCAAGGAUGUCGAGCAAGGAGAAUCCCUCUUGCGGCAACACGUUCGUUUCGCCGUGAAACAGUUGCGAAUCGGCUGCCCCAAUGCUUUGUGAAACGAUCCCAUUCCAACAGCCACCAUUUCAUUCUUCUUCUGUUUGUUUUUUUUCUCGUGCUGCGUGUGUGUGUGUGUGUGUGUGUGUGUGUGUGUGUGUGUGUGUGUGAGUGUGUGUGUUUUUUUUACAUUCCGUUGGCUCCA